CACAGCGGUCUGGCCAUGGGGUGGGAGAGCUGAGCUAGGCUCUCAGUCCCUGGAAAGGGGCAGGGCGGGGGAGCACCCACGGUUUCCCCCUCCAUGAGCUUGGGGCUGGAGGAAUCCGUGGAGGCCCAGCAGGCACUGGAGACGGUUAUCCAGACACUGGAGGGCAGCGUCCUGAGGGCAGGCCGGGAGAGAGGCCUGAGCGCGCAGGACCCGGCUCCGGACUCUCAGCUCACCUGCCUGCCCGCCCGCAUCAGGGAGAUCGUCACCCGCAACCUCUCCCAGCCUGAGAGCCAAGCCCCGCUGUCGGCCCCAGAGAUGGCAUCCGUGCUGUCACUGCAGGAGGAGAACCAGCUGCUGCAGCAGGAGUUGUCCCGUGUGGAGGACUUGCUGGCCCAGAGCCGUGCUGAGCGUGACGAGCUGGCCAUCAAGUACAACGCGGUCAGCGAGAGGCUGGAGCAGGCUGUGCGGCUGGAGUCUGGGGAGCCGGAAACGCAGGAGCCCACGGGGCUGGUACGGCAGAGCGUGGAGCUGCGGAGGCAGUUGCAGGAGGAGCAGGCCUCCUACCGGCGCAAGCUGCAGGCCUACCAGGAAGGCCAGCAGCGGCAGGCCCAGCUUGUGCAGCGGCUGCAGGCCAAGACCCUCCAGUACAAGAAGAGGUGCUCGGAGCUGGAGCAACAGCUGCUAGAGAGAUCCACAGAGCUGGAGCGGCAGCGGCUGAGGGACACAGAGCACAGCCAUGACCUGGAGAGUGCCCUCGUCCGCCUGGAGGAGGAGCAGCAGAGGAGUGCCAGCCUGGCACAGGUGAACUCCAUGCUCCGAGAGCAGCUGGACCAGGCCAGCUCGGCCAACCAGGCUCUGAGUGAGGACAUACGCAAGGUGACUACUGACUGGACACGCAGCCGCAAGGAGCUGGAGCAGCGGGAGGCGGCAUGGAGGCGUGAGGAGGAGUCCUUCAACACCUACGUCAGCAACGAGCACAGCCGCCUUCUCCUUCUCUGGAGGCAGGUGGUGGGGGUCCGUCGGCUGGUCAGCGAGGUGAAGAUGUCCACCGAGAGGGACCUGCGGCAGCUGGGAGGGGAGCUGGCCCGCACCUCGAGGGCCAUCCAGGAGGCGGACCUGGGGCUGACUGCGGGCCUGCGGCUGGCUGAGAGCCGGGCAGAGGCGGCCCUGGAGAAGCAGGCGCUGCUGCAGGCCCAGCUCGAGGAGCAGCUGCGGGACAAGGUGCUCCAGGAGAAGGACCUGGCCCAGCUGCAGGUGCAGAGCAACCUGGACAAGGCCAACCUCAGUGCCAGAGUGACAGAGCUGGCCCUGACAGUGGAGCGCCUUCAGAACCAGAAUCUGGAGAAGGAUCAGGUCAACAAGGCCCUUACCGAGAAGCUUGAGGCCCUGGAAUCCCUGCGGCUCCAGGAGCAGGCGGCCCUGGAGACAGAGGACGGAGAGGGGCUGCAGCAGACCCUGAGAGACCUGGCACAGGCCGUCCUGUCGGACAUGGAGAGCGGUGUCCAGCUAAGCGGCUCGGAGCGCACCGGGGACGCGUCAGAUGGCAGCCUGCGGGGGCUCUCAGGCCCCCGGACCCCCUCCCCGCCGCGGCGCUCCUCGCCCGGCCGCGGCCGAUCCCCGCGCCGAGGCCCAUCCCCGGCCUGCUCCGACUCCUCCACGCUCGCCCUCAUUCACUCGGCCCUGCACAAGCGCCAACUGCAGGUCCAGGACAUGCGCGGGCGCUAUGAGGCCAGCCAGGACCUCCUGGGCACCCUGCGGAAGCAGCUUAGUGACAGCGAGAGUGAGCGGCGCAGCCUAGAGGAACAGGUGCAGCGUCUUCGGGACAAGACCAGCGGGGCCACCCAGGCUCAUGAGGACGCCCAGCGCGAGGCCCAGCGGCUGCGGGGCACCAUCGACCUUCUGAACAGGGAGAAGGACAGCCUGGCCCGCAGCCUGCAGACGGCCCAGCAGCAGGCCGAGGAGCUGCGGCAGGAGCGCGAGAAGCUGCAGGCGGCUCAGGAGGACCUGCGGCGCCAGCGGGACCGGCUGGAGGAGGAGCGGGAGGACUCGGCGCGGGAGGGCGAGCGGACCCGCAGGGAGCUGGAGCGCACCCACCGACAGCUGGAGCAGCUGGAAGGCAAGCGCUCAGGGAUGGCAAAGGAGCUGCUGGAGGUGCGGGAGGCGCUGAGCUGUGCCACACUGCAGCGGGACAUGCUGCAGGCGGAGAAGGCCGAGGUGGCCGAGGCGCUGACCAAGGCUGAGGCUGGCCGCGUGGAGCUCGAGCUCUCCAUGACCAAGCUCAGGGUGGAGGAGGCCUCCCUGAGGGACUCUUUGUCCAAGCUGAGCGCCCUCAACGAGAGCCUCGCCCAGGACAAGCUGGGUCUGAACCACCUCGUCGCCCAGCUGGAGGAGGAGAAGGCGGCCCUGCUGGGCCGGCAGCGGCAGGCGGAGCAGGAGGCCUGCCUGGCUCGGGAGGAGCAGGAGCGGCUGGAGCAGCUGCGGCAGGAGCGAGAGGUGGAGCAGCAGGGCCUGGAGGGCUCCCUGCGGGCGGCGGAGCAGGCCCGGGAGGCCCUGGAGCACCAGCUGCCUGUGCUGCGCCAGGAGCGCUGCCGGCUGCAGGAGCAGCUGGCCCAGCUCUCCCGACAGCUGAGCGGGCGGGAGCAGGAGCUGGAGCAGGCGCGGAGGGAGAUGCAGCGGCAAGUGGAGGCCCUCGAGCGGGCAGCCCGGGAGAAGGAGGCUCUGGCCAAAGAGCGGGCCGGCCUGGCGGUGCAGCUGACCGCGGCCGAGCGGGAAGGCCGGACCCUGUCGGAGGAGGCCACACGCUUGCGCCUGGAGAAGGAAGCCCUGGAGAGUAGCCUGUUCGAGGUGCAGCGGCAGCUGACGCAGCUCGAGGCCCGCCGGGAGCAGCUGGAAGCCAACGGGCAGGCCCUGCUGCUGGCCAAGGAGAGCCUGGCGGGAGAGCUGGCGGGCCUACGGCAACAGAUGACAACCACCGAGGAGAAGGUGGCUCUGGACAAGGAGCUGAUGGCCCAGAAGCUGGCACAGGCCGAGCGGGAGGCCCAGGCCUCUCUGCGGGAGCAACGGGCUGCCCACGAGGAGGACUUGCAGCGACUCCAGCGAGAGAAGGACGCAGCGUGGCGGGAGCUGGAGGCUGAGCGGGCGCAGCUGCAGAGUCAGCUGCAGCGGGAGCGAGAGGAGCUGCUGGCGCGGCUGGAGGCGGAGAAGGAAGAGCUGAGCGAGGAGAUCGCCGCCCUGCAGCAGGAACGCGACGAGGGCCUCCUCCUGGCCGAGAGUGAGAAGCAGCAGGCCCUGUCGCUGAAGGAGUCGGAGAAGACAGCGCUGUCCGAGAAGUUGAUGGGUGCGCAGCACAGCCUGGCCGCCAUCUCCCUGGAGGUGGAACGGCAGAAGAGAGACGCUCAGAGCCGGCAGGAGCAGGACCGGAGCACCGUGAACGCCCUGACGUCCGAGCUGCGGGACCUCCGGGCCCAGCUCGAGGAGGCUGCCGCAGCCCACGCCCAGGAGGCCAAGAGGCUGCAGGAGCAGGCCCGAAACCUGGACAGGCAGCGGGAAUCCUCUGUGCGCGAGGCAGAAGAGCUUCGGACGCAGCUGCGCCUGCUGGAGGACGCCCGUGACGGGCUGCGGCGGGAGCUGCUGGAGGCCCAGCGCAAGGUGCGCGACAGUCAGGACGGCCGUGAGGCCCAGCGCCAGGAGGCCAGCGAGCUGCGGCGCAGCCUGGGCGAGGGUGCCAAGGAGUGCGAGGCCCUGCGGCGUUCCAACGAGGAGCUGCGGAAGGCCGUGAAGAAGGCUGAGGGCGAACGGAUCAGCCUGAAGCUUGCCAACGAGGACAAGGAGCAGAAGCUGGUGCUCCUCACGGAGGCGCGAGUGGCCGCGGGCAGGGAGGCCGAGGAGCUGCGGGCCGGGCUGCAGGAGGUGGAGCACUCCCGGCUGGAGGCCCGCCGGGAGCUUCAGGAGCUCCGGCGGCAGAUGAAGAUGCUGGACAGUGAGAACGCCAGGCUGGGCCGGGAGCUGGUGGAGCUGCAGGGCCGCCUGGCACUGGGCGAGCGGGCAGAAAAGGAGGGCCGGCGGGAGGCCCUGGGCCUCCGACAGAAGCUGCUGAAGGGCGAGGCCAACCUGGAGGCCACUCGGCAGGAGCUCCAGGGAGCCCAGAGGAAGCUGCAGGAGCAAGAAGGCGAGUUCCGGGCCCGCGAGCGAGGCCUGCUGGGCUCCCUGGAGGAGGCGCGGGGCGCCGAGAAGCUGCAGCUGGACCACGCCCGCAGCCUGGAGCUGAGGCUGGAGGCGGUGCGGGCCGAAGCCGCGGAGCUGGGGCUGCGGCUGAGCGCGGCCGAAGGCCGGGCACAAGGCCUGGAGGCCGAGCUGGCCCGCGUGGAGGCACAGCGACGCAGGGGCCCAGCUCCUGCACCCCUAAGCAUGGCGCCUCCCCCAGGAAGCGGCGAAGGGCUCAGCAGCCCCAGCCCCUUGGAACGCAGCCCUGGGUCCGAGCCACCAUCCCCAGGACCUGCCACCUCCCCUGCAUCUCCAGACCUGGAACCAGAGGCGGUGCGGGGGGCCCUUCGGGAAUUCCUGCAGGAGCUGCAGAGUGCCCAGAGGCAACGGGAUGAGCUUCGGGCCCAGAACGGUGUCCUGAGUCGACAGCUAGCUGAGAUGGAGGCGGAGAGGGACAGCGCCACCUCGCGGGCGAGGCAGCUGCAGAAGGCGGUGGCCGAGGGUGAAGAAGCCCGGCGCCGCAUGGACGGGCAGCUGAGCGGGGCCCAGGCAGAGCUGGUGCUGCAGGAGGACGGCGUGCGGCGCAGCGAGCGUGAGCGCCGGGCCGCCCUGGACCAGGUGGCCGCCCUGGAGAGGAGCCUGCAGGCCAUGGAGAGUGAGCUCCGGGCCAGCCAGGAGAAGAUCAGCAAGAUGAAGGCCAAUGAGGCGAAGCUGGAGAGCGACAAGCGGCGCCUGAAGGAGGUGCUGGAUGCCUCGGAGAGCCGCACCAUCAAGCUUGAGCUGCAGCGGCGCUCACUCGAGGGGGAGUUACAGCGCAGCCGCCUGGGCCUGAGUGACCGUGAGGCCCAGGCCCAGGCCCUCCAGGAUCGGGUGGAUGCCCUGCAGAGACAGGUGGCAGACAGUGAAGUGAAGGCGGGGACUCUGCAGCUGACCGUGGAGCGGCUGAACGGGGCCCUGGCCAAGAUGGGAGAGAACGAGGGGGCCUUGAGGGACAAGGCCCAGGGCCUGUCAGAAGCGUUGGCCCAGAAUAGUGCCAACCUUACCAGCACCCAGGACAAGAACCUGCACCUGCAGAAGGCCCUGACCGCCUGUGAACAUGACCGCCAAGUCCUCCAAGAACGGCUGGAGGCCGCUCGCCAGGCGUUAACCGAGGCCCGGAAGCAGAGCAGCUCCCUGAGUGAGCAAGUGCAGAUGAUGCGAGGCGAGCUGGCCGACCUGGAGGGCCAGCGGGCAGAGGCAGAGGGCCAGCUGCAACAGCUUCAGGAGGUGCUGCGGCAGCGACAGGAGGGGGAGGCGGCAGCCUUGCGCGCCGUCCAGAAGCUGCAGGAUGAGCGGCGGCUGCUGCAGGAGCGCCUGGAUGGCCUGCAGCGAGCCCUCUCUCAGCUGGAGGCCGAGAAGCGGGAGGUGGAGCGGUCGGCGCUGCGGCUGGAGAAGGACCGGGUGGCCCUCAAGAGGAUGCUGGACAAGGUGGAGCGUGAGAAGCUUCGCAGCCACGAGGACACGGUGCGGCUGAGCGCUGAGAAGGGCCGCCUGGACCGCACACUCACGGGGGCCGAGCUGGAGCUGGCCGAAGCCCAGAGGCAGAUCCAGCUGCUGGAGGCCCAGGUGGCGGCACUGGAGCAGGACCAGAGCCAGGCCCGGCUGGAGGCUGAGGAGCAGGAGCAGCUGGAGCUGCAGCAGGAGGUGGAGCGCCUGCGCAGUGCCCAGGUGCAGACGGAGCGCACGCUGGAGGCGCGGGAGCGGGCCCACAGGCAGCGCGUGCGCGGGCUGGAGGAGCAGGUGUCCACCCUGAAGGGCCAGUUGCAGCAGGAGCUCCGGAGGAGCUCAGCACCCUGCCCCCCCAGCUCCAGCCCCCCAGGGGAAUGAGCCCCUUCCUGGGUGGCCCCCUGGCCCAGAGCUCGGCUGGGGGUCAGGAGAAGCAGGUGGCAGUGCUGAGUGCCUGGGUCUCCAGUAGCGGCUUCUUAGCAAAUCUGGUGUGUUGGGGGCGGCGGGGGGGGGUCCUCACUCCAGUCCCCGCCCCUGGGAUGAGCCUUCAGGUCACCUGAGAGUGAAUGGAAGCUAAGGGGUUGGGAAGACCCCCCCCCCACCUCUGGCUGGCCUAGAGCAUGGGCUCAUGGGAAAGAGGAGGAAGAGGAGGGGUGCCUGGGAGUCAGAGACCCAGGCCUGGCUUCCCAGAGAUCUCUCCGCCUUAGUUCAGAGUGUUUGUCAGGAAAUUCCUCAGAGUCCCUGUAUUUUUAUACCUUUUUACAAUGUUAACUGUUCAUUGUUAACUGUUGUGGUUAUUUUUGUAACAAGAAGACCCCGUUUUCUAAACGUGGUUGGUACA